AUGACAUUAAUGGUUAGUACAAGUGUCACCAAGAGGAACCAUCCUGUUGGUUUUCAUAGCUCCGAGAACUUAUUUAUUCAUUAGUGCUUCAGAGUGGCACAGUCAUUCGGAGCGGCUGCCAGCUGUGGGAGAAGAAGACCCAUAUGUGUGGAGGUGUUCCUAGGUCUACCCAAUCUCUCCGAAAGGUGACGGAACCAACAUCCUUCUUCCUCGCUCCAGGGUUCUACUGGGAGCCUCAGGGCUGCAGACUAAAGUCUUCCUAAAACUGCCGGAGUGAGAUAUCUACUUGAUGUCCCUCUUUUGAGCUCAGUGCUUGUUCCAUGGGGGCUGAUGGCACGGACCUCAAGAUCAGAAUGCUGAACAUACAGAACGGAGCUUGGGGUGGCCGGCAGGACUGGUAUCAGGACAAUAUUGUGACUGGGCAGUCCAAUCCAACAGUUGAAAGCUGCCAACAGAUAGACAGCAGCCUUGACUCUGAGCAUCAGCCUGGGGCUGCAAGUGAUGACCUCGAUGAGUCUCAGAUUCGUCUUCAGCUGAAACGUAAACUUCAACGAAACAGGACAUCCUUCACCCAGGAGCAGAUUGAGGCUUUAGAGAAAGAGUUUGAGAGGACACAUUACCCAGACGUUUUUGCAAGAGAAAGACUUGCAGCAAAGAUUGAUCUUCCUGAAGCUCGGAUUCAGGUUUGGUUCUCAAACCGAAGAGCCAAAUGGCGAAGAGAAGAAAAACUGCGUAACCAGAGACGCCAAGCAAGUAAUACCUCCAGCCACCUCUCCAUCAACAGCUCCUUCUCCAGCAGUGUGUACCAGUCCAUCCAACAGCCCAGCAACUCAGGUUCAAUGCUGGGCCGGAGUGAAGCCGCUAUAACAAACAGUUAUGGUUCUCUGCCACCUCUUCCAAGUUUCACUAUGUCUAACAAUCUCCCUAUCCAGCCCAUUGCUAGUCAAACCUCUGCCUAUUCCUGCAUGAUCUCAUCCAGCCCUUCAGUGAGUGUCCGCAGUUAUGACGCUUACACGCCUCCUCAGUUACAGACCCACAUGAGUAACCAGAAUCUGGGAUCUGCUUCUGCCAGUUCUACAGGAUUAAUUUCUCCUGGGGUUUCCGUCCCUGUCCAAGUUCCAGGGGGUGACCCAGAUCUGACUCAGUACUGGUCAAGGCUGCAGUGAAGCCGGGAAGGAUCUGGUCUAAUAUAAAUUAUGUCAGCUCAUAUAAUUAAGACUAAACCUCAUCAUCUGUAAACAAAAGGACAUUGCAAAGGUCAAACAGUACAAGACCCCAUGACAAAUGAAGCGAACAAGCAGUAUUUACAACUUCCACCUUCUUAUUUGUGUUUUUCAAGAGAAGAGGAUAGAACACUGCCAGCUCAAAAUGCAUUUCCCCCAAAGCAGAGCAAACUUUUCUGAAUCGAGCUAUUCCUCUUCAGUUGCACCAGUAAUUUCCUGCUGUAUUAGACCUGAUGUGUGGCCUGCCGUCAUGGUUUCAUUACCACGGAUGGCUUAUAACGAUGGUACUUUCCACCAAUCAAGCGCUGCUGUAUGAAGGUGUUUGCCAUUUCGAAAUGUAUGCAGCAGUGCCAUGUGCAGCUGGAUAACCAACAUUAUGUGUAGCGUAAAGGGCAAGUCAACCCCAAAAUAUAAUUCUAAGCAAAUUUCCAAUAUACAUUCAUUACAAAUUGUCUUUUGUAAUUGUGCUUUUAAAGUCAUUUGCAAAAACAAUUGCUAUUAGUUGGUACUAAUUAAUGUUGCAAAAGUCAUGGUUCCCCAGCAAAGACAGGUCAGUUAAUCAGCUGCCUCGAGCUAAUUUUUAUUUUGGGGUUGACUUGCCCUUUAAACUAAACUAGAAAUAUGGCCUCACCUAGACCACACCACUUCAUAUUGUAGUCUCACGGUAAAUUAAGGGCCUGCACCUUAAUUGCCUACAUAUAAUUCAAACGAAUUCAUUCAAGAAUCUUCAGAACUGAAUCACUUGUUAAAGAUCUCAUAUACUUCAAGAUUUGAGAUUAUACAGAUAUAGAAGAAAAACGUCUCCAAGAUAUUGGUUGUUGUGGUUUCCUGUUCUUUAUAAAUGAACUUCACAUUUCCCCUUACUUAAGCCUCAAACCAGUCUCUGUGCUGCAGUCAUACAGAAGGACUAUUGUCUUUCCAUUAGGAACGUCAUCACUGGUAUAUUAUAAAAAACACAUAGUCAGCAGCUUCACUGCUGCAUAUUAAAUAGAGUCUUGCAAGAGCUGGAAGACAUAAAACCAGACUGUUUAACCUAAAGUCUAUAAAACUCUGAUCUUGUGUAGUAUAUCAUAAUUGUGCUUAAAGGGGUGGUUCAUCUUUAAGUUAACAUUUAGUACCUUAUAGAAUGGCCCAUUCCUAGCAACUUUUC